AAAUUACGCUUCAUUAAUGGCAGACCCUGAUCCUCAACAGCUGCAAACCUGCCCCUACAAUGCAUCUCACCAGGUGGCUACAUAUCGCAUGCAUAUUCAUUUGCAGAAAUGCCGCAAGCAGUAUCCGAAUUGCAACAAGGUUACUUGCCCCUUUGAUGCUACGCAUAUUGUCAACGACGUGGAGUUGGAUUAUCACAUAAGCACAUGCUCAAAGCGGCACCUCUUCGACAGCCAAGUGUACAUCACCGAUGAUGACCACCGACCUGUGGUCCCUGUUAUACAGCAACCAUCCACGAGAAAUGACUGCGAAGAGAGCUGGGAUGACGAAAACGUUACCUCAUACAAACCGGAGCCAUUGAAGAGAGCACAAAAUAUAAUAGUAAAAUGUAAAGGCGCUACUCCGUCCGAGCGGCGACAAGCUCGCAUGAUGGGAGUACAAACAUACAGGCCUAAUGAGGGGGGCAAUUAAAAAUACAGGAGACAGGUUCCAAAAUCAUUUAAACACCAAGGUGGUACAGUAGUUUUAAUCUUCGGAUUUCCAAUCUUGAAACAUUUAAAGAAACAAAAAUAGUGUAGUCCAACUGAGUGUUCUUCAUAUUAUAUAUAAUUAAACUUGUAUUAUAGAACUUAGUGGUUCUUCGAUCACGUGACUUUAUAACAAUAUGAUAGGUUUUCAUUGAUGCCGAUUCGUCUGUUUGAAUUUGGAACAGCCUUAAAUUAAAGUUUUAAACGACGCAAUUGGUUAAUUUUAAUACUUAAAGCCAAUUGGGUCGUUUAAAUUUCUUAAAGACAAAUACAUAAGUGACCAAUCAGGACUGGUCCCUUAUGUAUUUGUCAGUUGUUGUUUGAAUGUCAUUGGUGCUUAUUUCUCCGUCUGCAUUUUCAACGUCAUCGAAGUAUAAUGUGACUUCUUGAAAUUCGUAUCCAGUAUAUUUUGGUUAUUGCAGGGUUUUUUCUUUUAGUUACCAUGUUUUUUAAAGUCGUCGGAGUAUUUUUUUUAAUAUAAAUUAAUUAAUUAAGCGAAAAAUUGAGUAACGAAAACUGCCGUCCGCUAGCUAAAACGCGGUUAAGUGACAAAAUUUGUUUUUUUUUGAGAU